AUGUCCACACCGAGCACAACUGCCGACCCUUGGUCCCUGAGCGGCAAGAGCGCCGUCGUGACCGGGGCCUCCAGGGGAAUCGGCAAGGCAAUCGCCAUCCACCUCGCUCGCAAGGGCCUUGAGAACAUUGCAAUCACCUACGCAUCAAACAAGGCCGCGGCUGACGACACGCUCGAGGCCUGUCGCGCGCUGGGCGUCAAGAAGGCCACGGCGAUCAGGGCCGACGCCCUGGACCCCGCCGUCUGGCCCGGCGUCAUCACGCAGUCCCUCGCGGACCUCGGCGUGGACACGAUCCACAUCCUCGUCAACAACGCCGUCCUGGGCGACCCGGCCUACUACAGGGCCAGCUCGGAGCUCACGCCGGACAGCUUCGCGUCUGUCAUGCUCGCCAACGUCUACGCCCCCGUGGCGACGGCCGUGGCGUUCAUGGAGCACGCGGCGCCCAAGAACGCCGGCGGCGGCGGCGGGAGGGUCAUCAACAUCUCGAGCAUCUCGGGCACGGGCACCUGCGCCGAGCCCUUGAUGACGUACGGGGCCAGCAAGGCGGCGCUCGACAGCUACACGAGGUCGCUCGCUGACACGUAUGCGUCGGACCGGGGCAUCACGUUCAACAGCGUCAUCGUGGGGCCCACCGCCACGGAUGCCCUGCACAUGUUGCUUUCCGAGCUGCCGACCGAGGCUGCGGACAAGCUCAUUUUCGAGACGUCGGCUGCUCCGCGGUUUGGUGAGCCUGAUGACAUUGCCUAUAUAGUCGGGUUCCUUGCCAGCGAGGAGGGUCGAACAACCCUUGCGGCUCUGGGGUGA